AAGAAAACUGGGAAAAAUGGACCCAUUAUUUAGCGAAAUAUUAAUACAAAAGCGGUUCUCUAAUAUGAAAACUUUUCUUGCUAAAUUAAGCAUUUUAUGGAUCGUAUGCACUCUGAAUGUUCAAAUCCAAGCAGAGCCGUCAUCCCAAAAUGAAGCCAUUGUAUCUGGUUGGCAGGCGGCAGAAGGACAAUUUCCCUGGCACGUUAUUUUAAGAAGAGAUGCCGGAGAUCAGUUGUUGUGUGGCGCCUCACUUAUAUCCGAUAAAUGGGUUUUAACCUGUGCUCAUUGUCUGGAAGAAGAGGAUUCAGUUUUAGUAGUAUUUGGUAGCAUUCAACUAAGCAAUAGUGAUGUUAAUAUGACCUCCACGAAAUUGUAUAUAUAUCCGCAUUACGAUGAAGAAAACCUUAUAAAUGAUAUGGGCCUCGUUGAGCUACCCACACCAGUGACCUUUAGCAACAAUAUACAAGCUAUUACAUUGGUAACAGCAGAGGAGGAAGCAUUAAAAAAUCAUUUUAUAGGUGCUAAAGCUAUUAUAAGUGGUUUUGGCUGGAUAUCAGAUAUGGCGAAUAUGAAUAACGAAUGGUUAUUAUGGACUUCGGUGGAUGUUAUUGAUAAUUCAAUAUGUGCUCAUGUUUACAAUGAAGAAAUAGAGGAUUCAAUUAUAUGCGCACAAGGCCCAAAUGGUACUUAUCAGUCACCCUGUGAUGGCGACUCUGGUGGUGCUUUAGUUUGGAAGAAUGAAGCUAAUAACUUUGUACAAAUUGGUAUAUAUUCUUUUUCGAAGAAAAAUAAUUGUUCACGAUUUCCUUCGGGUUAUACUAGAGUUUCUUCGUAUUUAGAUUAUAUUCACAAUAUAACUGGUUUAAAUUUGUAAUAAUAAAACAAAAAGAAUUCCUAAAUC